UCUCCUCGUUGGCAUAGCAGGACAAGCAGGAAACGAAGAACGCGAGCCAACUUGGUCUCUGUGUACGGCGCUAGGACUGGGAGCUGGGGGAGGGGAGGAGAGCUGACGUAUUGGGGGUUCCGUGUCCUUCAUCGUCAGGACUCAGCUGUGCGUGUAUGUCGAGGGGAGAGCGAGGAGUGACGGGUGCGGCGUUUCUCUUGAAUCGGGAGCAGCGCUCCGGAUCUCAUUGAAGAAAAGGAGGCAUUCCCGCCGGCGAUCCCCCCCCUCCCCGCUCCCCAGAGAGAAAACACCGCUCAGGUGUGUACCUUGUGGGAAGAAGAAAAGUGAAAGAGAGAGAGAGAGAGAGAGAGAGAAGGGCAAGUUAGGACAAAAGAGAAGGAGUGAAAGCGGGGGGAACACCCGAAAUGUUGUAAGGCAGGAGAAAGGGGCGCUAUUUAAAAAAGAACAGGGAAGUGAGACCCCUUCCACAUAUCUGAAUAAAACUCCACAUUAUCUGCUUUGAAUUGGAAUAUAUGGCAGUGUGGACUCAGAUAACCCAGUUCAAAGCAGAUAUUGUGCCUUGAUAUUCUGGGAUAAAGGGCUGUGUGGACGGUCCCUGAGAAAGAGGCAAAAGGAGAAGAGGAGGAAAGGGACGGAGGAGGGAAGGCGCAAAGAGAGGCGCAAAUAAGCCGAGCGAAGGAGUGGCGGGGAAGAAAGAGGAAAUCAGAGCAAAGGAAAAGAGCAGCGGCGGUGGCAUUGGGGGGAGCGGGUGGGGGGACGGCAGAGGGAGCGACAGAGAGAUACAAAAGGGGAGAGGUGGGAGGGGGAAAAGGAGGGAGAGAGGGGAAGACGGCGCGUGCUGGAGGAGACGGGAGCAGAAGCCAGGAGGAAGAGGAAGAGGAGGAGGAGGAGGAGGAGGAGGGCAGCGGGAGGGAGGGAGGGAGCAGGGAAGGAGAGGAAAGAAGAGAGGAGAGAGAAAGAGGGAUCAAAGGAAUGAGCACUGACGGCCGAGGAAGUGAGGAAAGAAGGAGAGGCAGAGGCGCUGGAGAAACCCCAGCAAAGUGAGGAGAGAGGGACGAGGAAGGGCAGAGGAGGGGCAGGACGGAGCCAGGGGCAGUUGGAGAGGGCGGAAGAGAGGAGAGAGAGAGGCGAAGAGAGGACAGCAAGUGGGUGACGGAGGAAGAGGAAGGGGAAGAGGGGCGCGGAGGGCACCUCAGGACUCGCGGAGAAGUGGCGGGCGAGAGGGCAAGCCGUCCAGGGAGAGGAGAUGCCCAGCCUGGGAGGAGAUGCCACCGGCUCCUUGGGACCGGGACUGGUCCGAAGGAGAGACCGAGAAGAGCACCGCUGAGGGCCUCUCUGCUUCGUCCUUAUCCUGCCCCUGCCUCCUUUGCCGUCGGGGGCCAUGAAGACCCCUAGGAAGCGCUGCCCCUCGCCGCCGGAGUGAAGCCCUUCCCGCCUUCCCACCUCGGGCUCUCCCUCGGCUAUGGAGCCUCCCAACAGCACGGCCAACGGCAGCCAGGCGGGCAACUGGACGGCGGCGGCCCCACCGACGGCCAGCCUGGGCUACCAGCUGGGCACUUCUCUGGCGCUGGGGGCGCUGAUCUUGUUCGCGGUGCUGGGCAACGCCUGCGUGGUGGCCGCCAUCGCCCUGGAGCGCUCCCUGCAGACGGUGGCCAACUACCUGAUCGGCUCGCUGGCCGUGACGGACCUGACGGUGUCGGUGCUGGUGCUGCCCAUGGCCGCGCUGUACCAGGUGCUGGGCAAGUGGACGCUGGGCCAGGUGACCUGCGACAUCUUCAUCUCGCUGGACGUGCUGUGCUGCACCUCGUCCAUCCUGCACCUCUGCGCCAUCGCCCUGGACCGCUACUGGGCCAUCACCGACCCCAUCGACUACGUCAACAAGCGCACGCCGCGCCGGGCCGCGCUCCUGAUCAGCCUGACCUGGCUGGUGGGCUUCCUGGUCUCCAUCCCGCCCAUGCUGGGCUGGCGGACACCGCAGGACCGCUCCGACCCGGACGCCUGCACCAUCAGCAAGGACCCCGGCUACACCAUCUACUCCACCUUCGGCGCCUUCUACAUCCCGCUGCUCCUCAUGCUGGUCCUCUACGGGCGCAUCUUCAAGGCGGCGCGCUUCCGCAUCCGCAAGAGCGUCAAGAAGGCCGACAAGAGGAAGAAGGAGGCCGCCCCGGUGGCCGACACCUGCCUCUCCCUUUCGCCCAAGCGGGACAACAGCGGCAGCAGCAGCAACGGGGGGCCCAACAGGGCUCAGGAGCCGCCCGCCGUCGGGGGACUCGGCAGCGUGGCCUGCGUCAACGGCAGCCCGGCUUCCCUGGAGGCGAACCCCCCGUCCCGCUCGGGGAAGGGUCUCCUGCCCUUGCCGGACCCGCAGCCCCCGCCCCAGCCCACUCCGGCCUCGGAGCGCAAGAACCAGGAGCCGCGCACGGCGGAGGCCAAGCGCAAGGUGGCCCUGGCCCGCGAGCGCAAGACGGUCAAGACGCUGGGCAUCAUCAUGGGCACCUUCAUCCUCUGCUGGCUGCCCUUCUUCAUCGUGGCCUUGGUGCUGCCCCUCUGCACGGAGUGCUACAUGCCGGACUGGCUGGGCGCCGUCAUCAACUGGCUGGGCUACUCCAACUCCCUCCUCAACCCCGUCAUCUACGCCUACUUCAACAAAGAUUUCCAAAGUGCUUUUAAGAAGAUCGUCAAGUGCAAGUUUUGCAGGCAGUGACACCGGGCGGGAGAGAAGGAGAUGGAGGAGAAGAAAGAGGAGGUGGAAGAGGUGGAGCGGGAGAGGGGACACUCACUCACUCACUCACACUGCCCCUUGUAGGGGAGGCCAGGGCAGGGCGGAGGAAGCGGGGCGAGGAGGAGAGAAGGCCUAGGAAGGAGGGAGGAAGGGAAGGGGUUUCUGACUCCGUCGCCUCUCAGCAACUCCUUCAUCGCGAACCUUGCUCCGCAUCUCCUGCUCUUAUCACCGAGGUGGCUUUGCGGGCUUUCCUUUCCCACUCAGACUCAUGGGACCUGCACUUCGCCUGCUCCAUUGCUUUAAGAGUGGACCAUCUUUCCCUUUUAGGGAAUCCCGCAAGACUCCUUUGACACCAUAGUCCUUCUUCCUCCGCCUCUCUCUCUCCCUCGCCUUCUCCUUGCUCCCUCUUUGCGAACUACAACUCCUCUUCCGCACAAAGCAAGCCGCCCGGGAAGCAGUGGCUUCUUGGUGAGAGGGAGACUUCAAGGCUAUGCCACCAAAGAGAGACCCAUGGCAUCUUCCCUAGCACUCAGCAUCUGGCCCUGAACUAGCCAUGCUUGGAAAAUGGGCAGUGAUAGAACUUCAAGUCAGAAAGCAGCAGCUGGCCAUGGAAUAUGCAAGAACAGCAAUGCAGUAGGAGUUACUAUAGAAUUGGAUGGAAAUUCAAUGUGUCUUGUAACAAUUGCCAUCAUGGAACUCAAAAGUUGCAUCCACCUUCUGCCAAAUGAGGGAAGAAAGACCACCUCUCCUUAAAGACAAUAUUCUACCUGUGCUAUGGAAGAUUUAGAGGAUAUUCCAACAACUUUAUAAUCUCCAUAAGGUUUAAAAAAACAGACAUGAGAGACAUCAUGCAAACCAACAUUGCAAUGACCACUUCCAAUGCACUCCACUUGUCUGGUGGGCAGUAACUGCAUCUGUGUGCAUACCAACACUUAUAUACAUUAAGCUCCUCUAUAUAUGUGGGGAUUCCUCUUGGGUCAUAUUCCAAUGACCAUGCUGCUUGAGGACAAUGGAAAUUAUAGAAUGACAAGAUCUGGAAGGCACUAGGUUGGGAAGAUAUGGUCUAAAAUUUUAUGCUGUUGAUACCUACUGCUUUGUAACUGUGCUCCAGCUUCUUGGACCAUCUAAACACAAGAGGAGUCAAGUUAUGUAUGUAAAUUUUUAUAAUAUUAAAAUGCUUUAUGUUAUUAAAAGAAGGUAAAGAGAAA